CGGUGUGUGCGUUUGAUCCGAUGUUGGCAUAAGAAAACACAAAAUAAAGUUUUUUUUUAAUUAACCGCCGUUUCUUCAGUCGGAUUUCAUUGUCAACCAACAAAUGUUCCAUGUAAAAAUUGUUAAUGGAAAUUUACCAUCGCGAGUUUGAAAUAUAAUUUUGAAAAAAUUCAAGUGGCUCAUUGACCGUGUUAAAUAGUAGUGCAAAAAUGCAUUUCUUGUGGUAAAUUUUAUUUCGGUGCGUACCUCCUGCGCCGCUGUGAAAUUUAAGAGGUCAAACUGGAUAAAAGAAGUGAAAAAAAUGCAAUUUUUCGUUGUUUUGCCUGCAAAUUUCCGAUAGAUCAGUGAUUGAAAUUGAAAAUAAAUAAUUUUUUGCAAGUGCAAGAGCAUUGAUACGCAGUGAAAAAUGUGUGACAGUGAUAAUUCAAACAAUAUUUCAUCUUCGUCUCAGCAGCUGCUGUUUCAAGGCACAAAUUCACAACAUGAAUCUGUUGCAUCAUCGAUUGAAGCACCUGGUUGCAUGGAAGACAUAGCUGCCGAAAAUUUCUGGCUAAGAGAAAAGUUGAAGGAAAUUACGAAUGAACGAGAUCGAUUGAUUCGCGAAGUGGCUAAUCUGCAACUGGAACUGGAUAUGGGAGAGCUGAAACGGCUCCCCGAAGAUAGCUUUCCCCAAAAAGUGGCCGAUCGAUCGUCACCCGCUUAUGUAGUGCAGGGCAACACAGACGGAUAUGUGUAUCUACAGCAACAGCACUACACACCGCCCCAACAAGUUGUCUAUCAACAUUCAGCAUGCCAUCAAGUUCAUCCCAGUCAUCAGCAAUCUGUGCAAAGUUUGCACAAAAAAGGGUCCGUUCGAAAUGGUUCCGAUGUGAUGAAACGAAAUCGAACGCAAACCGGGUACGAACUGUCGCAGGAUCUGUUAGACAAGCAAAUUGAAUUACUGGAACGAAAGUAUGGCGGAAUUGUAGCUCGAAAUGCAGCUAUCACAAUUCAGCGAGCCUUCCGACAUUACACGAUGGUUCAGAAAUUUGCUUCAAUCACAGCAAUGGCCAAAGCUGAGAAGCGACUCAGUCGCAGACUACCACAAAAUCAUCAAGACCACCAAUACAUUGACGAACCGCCAACGUCGGCAUACGCAAAUACUUGUGACCAAACAAAUGCAACUAAUCAACAACAACCCCAACAACGUGUCUGUGCCACAAUAACAGCAACACCGCCCGGUUCUCGUGUAACUCCUGUCCGUUCCAUGUCUCUGCGAGAACGUCGUAGUUUAGAUGUUAGUCCAAUACCACGAAGUCAGUCCGGUAAUUCGUCUCCAAUGCCCGUGACAUGUUGGUCGGGUGGUCAACAACAUUCGCAUCCUCAUGUCAACUUACUGCACGCCGAACAGCACUACUACAGUACACCAACGCCACAACAUUAUCAGCAACAACAAUAUCACCCACCACAGACGCAUCAAGUACAGUACUGCCAGCAGCAGGAUCUUAGCAUGAACGCAAGUUCACAAAUUGAUUCACCACUCUCGAUGAAUUCGUCAUGGAAUUCACAUCAAAGUCCACCGAUGCAGCCAUAUUACUCAGCGGCACAAAUCUAUAUGCGCCCCAGAACCAGUGCACAAAUCGCAGCUAGCAAACGCGUACCACCCGAAGUACCAAAGAGAACGUCAUCCAUAACUGGACAACGGUUACCAUAUGAACACACACCAAAUCGUGCACUGCGACCGAAUGGACUGUGCAAGACGGCAGAGAAUGGUAGUUUAUCGUCGGUGCAAUCAUCUGGCAGUGAUAGCAGUGCCGAACGUGUUUUAUGUGAUAUUAGUUCUGAUCGCUCCACAUCGCCACAAUGGAAACGAAAAGGUGCCAUGAUGGCUCAAUCGCCCGAUCACAUGAGCUCCGGUUGUAUUUCCACCGAUACGGAGUGUCUGAACUCUCAUACCAGUGCGGCUAAUUAUUCACUUGAUCAGCACGAGCAAAUCACAACCCCAACCAACUACAAGGUGUCGGAGACAAUUAGAAAAAGACAAUACCGUGUCGGACUGAAUUUGUUCAAUAAGAAACCGGAGAAGGGAAUCACGUACUUGAUACGAAGAGGCUUCCUCGAAAACACUCCACAAGGUGUGGCCAGGUUUUUGAUAUCACGCAAGGGUCUGUCGCGACAAAUGAUCGGUGAAUAUUUGGGUAACUUACAAAGUCAAUUCAAUAUGGCCGUGCUGGAGUGCUUUGCCGGUGAGCUGGAUCUUUCUGGUAUGCAGGUUGAUGUUGCGUUGCGAAAAUUCCAAGCUUAUUUCCGGAUGCCGGGCGAGGCUCAGAAAAUCGAACGAUUGAUGGAGAUCUUUUCGCAAAGAUACUGUCAAUGCAAUUCGGACAUUAUUGCUAGACUGAGGUCAUCAGAUACGAUCUUCGUUAUGGCAUUUGCUAUCAUCAUGCUGAACACUGAUCUUCAUACACCAAAUUUGAAACCAGAACGACGAAUGCGUCCCGACGAUUUCAUCAAAAAUCUUCGUGGAAUCGACGAUUGCCAUGACAUUGACCGAGACAUGUUGGUCGGAAUCUAUGAACGUGUCAAAGCGAACGAAUUCAAACCGGGCUCCGAUCAUGUUACCCAAGUGAUGAAAGUACAAGCGACAAUAGUCGGUAAAAAACCGAAUCUGGCAAUGCCUCACCGCAGGCUGGUGUGCUACUGUCGACUCUACGAAAUACCCGACAUUAACAAAAAGGAACGACCUGGCGUGCAUCAACGCGAAGUGUUCUUGUUCAACGAUUUGUUGGUUAUUACGAAAAUAUUCAGCAAGAAGAAAAGCUCAGUGACGUAUACGUUUAGGAAUAGUUUCCCGUUGUGCGGUAUGGUGGUCACGUUGCUGGACGUGCCAAACUACACCUACUGCAUUCGGCUAUCGCAGAAAGUUGACGGUAAAGUGCUGGUUACAUUCAACGCCCGUAACGAACACGAUCGAUGCAAAUUUGCUGAAGAUCUACGCGAAUCCAUCAGCGAAAUGGACGAAAUGGAAACGCUGCGAAUUGAGGCUGAACUGGAUAAGCAGAAAUCGACACGCGGUAAUCGAAGCGGAAAUUCGGAAAAUCGUGAUAGCGGUGUAGCUGAUGUUGAAGUGCCGUGUCCGUAUCAAUCGCCACAGAAUGAGACACAGCACGAGGCUCAAUUGAAGCGCAGUGCAUUGAGCAAUUCGUUGUUGGACAUGCACGAACAAUUUGGCAACGAGAAGCCUCAACGACGUGGCAGUGUCGGUUCAUUGGACAGCGGCAUGUCAAUAUCAUUCCAAUCAACGUCAGCCAGUUCUGGUUCACGUAACGAAGCCAAAGCUCGUUUGAUUCAACAGCAUGGUGGCUGUGCUGCUGGUCAAGUGACAGGCACAUCACCAUUACUGUCGGGUGCUCAUCAUCCACAAUAUCCCAGCUUUUUGGGUGGCAUAUUCCAUAAACGCGAACGGAAAUUAUCGAAGUCGGAUGAACAGUGCGUUGGUAACGGACCGUUUGGACGAUCGACGGAAGUUUAAUUGUUUAGUUUCACAUUUUUGAUGUUAAAUGUCCAGUGUUUUGGAAACAUUUUGACAAAUACGAAUGUCUGUAAAUGCAGACUUUAAGUAAAAUGGUCCCGUGUGGACUAUGUGACUUUGACAAACUCAAAUUUUGCUCUUUUUCGUCGGCAAUUGACAGAAAAUGUACCCAUCCAAAUGCUACGAAUCUCCGAAUUCAAUGAUUGGGGAGAUUUUUAAGCGAGCCAACAAUGGAAUACGUAAACCAACUGUUCGAUAACUGUUCACCGAACGACAGCAAUUGUUGCAUUACUUAUUCGAUCGUUUGACUCGGAACGCUAAUCCAUCCCAAGGUAACGGCCACCGACAAUAAAAGAUGAAAUUUAUUACGCGCCAAGGUGAAAAAUGGUAGAGUUAUAGUUAGGUCAAGUGAACAUGUUAUGAUCAAUUUUGAUAGUGGACGGUGUAUAGUGGAAGUGGUUUUGCAGAGGUUUUUUUGUAAAUGUUUUUAAAUAAUGCUAGUGAGGGGUUAAGGGAGUAUAAGAGAGCUUCUAACAAUAGUUGAUAAGACACUUGUUCGACCAUUACGAUUGUUUUGAAUUUUUAUGUUUUCGGUUGAAAGAUUUUUUUUAUCAUUUCGUUUUUGCAUUACUUUAUCGGGAACAGAUACAUUGAUGAUCCUUAGGGUCAUACCUGGCUUUAACUGGUAAAGCUAUACUAUCCCGUUCCAUGUCCUUGAAUUUGUAAGGAUAUCAGAGACAACAAAUUUCAGUUUAAAAUCAAAAAUCUAACGAGUCCAGUGGGUACAGAUUUCCUAGUGUGUCCAACUGAUGUGUGCAUUUAGAAACUAACGGGAAUUUCCUUUCGCCUAACAUUUGCCCUUUUACACAAAAAGCGAGUCUCUGUUCGGAAACAGUUCCUCAAAAAGUUAAAUAAUUUCUAAUUGGAGUGUCUAAAGCACUCGAACUAGGUCUUCUUAGGCUUGAUGAAGCUCAAUAAAACUGGCAAUUUUUUCCAAUAUGAAGUUUCAACCAGUCGUUUAGUCCUUGAUAUGGUUAUCUGUUCUUUUCUGGCCUUUCUUUUGGUGAUUGGUCAGAUUUUACUUCUUUGGUGUUGACAUGGCAGAAUUUGUAACGAUUCAGAGUGCAAGCGGAUAAAGUUUUAUCUUAAAAUUACGAGGCCAUUCACAAAGUACGCACAUGAAAAAUGUCGAAUUUCUGAAACGUCUACCGGAAAUGCAUGAAGUGUACGCUUUUGUCAAACCACCACCUCUUUAAGAAGCGUUCGUAUUUUGUGAUUGAAUUCUAAAUCGUAAUUUAGGUGCUCAUAAUGUCAGUUCGAUUGAAUUUUAUUUGAAGUUUUUUACUGUCUGUGUCUUAUCAAAAUUGAACCCACUUUAUGUUCAUCCAUCAGUAGUACGAUCAAAGUAGUGCCGGCGUAAAUGUAUUUUCAUAAAUAUAUUCUGUUUACGCACUAGUGCGUAAAAAUGACGUUUACACAUCUCAGCAUUGUUAUGUUCAACAUUUUUAAACUCUAGAUGCCUCUGUUGCAUAAAUCGUUGUAGGAACAUCGGUACAAAGUACUUUAUUGGGCUCACGAUGAAUAUUAUGACACACGGCCUGCGGUCUCGCCUUCUAAUUACACAUCUAGAGCUUUUAAUAAAGUACUUUGCACUAGAUGUCAUAACUAACCAUUGUCAAAACGAGAAUCCCAUUGUCUUACAUCUUGUUCCCAGCUUGUGUUUAACCGAAAUUUUGCUCAUUUGGUGUGUUUUUACCCUCGGCCUCGCCUCGAAUUGACAAUUUUCUCUUUGGCAAAAUUUCCAUGAACGAGCAUGUUGACGAGGAAAAUUAACAUUUCACGUUCACGCUUCGUCUGAAACUCCAACAAA